GUUUCUUUUUAUGCAGAUGACAAUGCAACUGGGGGAAUCAUGUGAUGGCUGUGAUUUUCCUGGAGGCACUACAAAGCGACGAUGUGAUGAUUCCUUCACACGGCAGUAUAAUGCCUUGAGUAAGGAGGAGGUUGUGGCUGCGCUGAUGGUGCCCUCAAAAGUACUCUUCACAAGGCUAGCUCAGACUGUGGCAUGUGUUGGCUGUCGGAGAAGUGUGGAGCGGCUCUUUAACCAACUGAAGGACUCGGGUCAUCCUGCGUUGGAGCCACUGGUAAUCACUAGCAAUGGGUUUCUCACUGUUCUUCGCAAGUUUGCCCUUCAAGCAAGGUCAUUAGGGGCCAUAUUUAGUUACCACGGAUUAGCCCUAAGUGUAGUGCUAGAUAACAUCCCAAAGUUGAAAAAAUCUGGGCGAUGUGUACUUCAUUCCAUGGAAGGUGUGAGAUGCCGGCCUGGUGGGCGAUCUUGGCGUGAUGUAUGGGAAGUGAUGGAUGAAACUUGCCGAGACACUGUAACUCUCGUCUGUUCUGAUCACCUUUUAACUACGCUUGAUAACUACCUCCGCAAGCAUCGAUUCUGCCAGGAGUGUAAGAACAAGGUUCAUAGAGCAUUUGACAUCUUAGUGGGACACAUCACCAUAGACCCAGCUAAGGAAAAAGGUUAUGUUGCCUCGUUGUAUGCAGGAAUUCGCCGCUGUGAAGCAAAGAGACACAUUCAUGUGCCUGUUGAUACUGACUACAUAACCCAUAUCAUCACAAGAGCUGAACCUGAGCUUCAAGGAAGACGGGAACGACAUGCAAAAACGUUAGAAAUAGCCCAAGAGGAGGUGUUAACGUGUUUAGGAUUGUUUUUGCAUGAACGAAUGCAGCGAAUUCACACUCGAAUGCGUGAAGAAGAGCAGACGUGGGAUAUCCUCUUUCAUGUAGCGUUGGAUACUCUCAAAAGAAAUUUUGAGCUGUAUGUGGAAGAUAAACAAGGCUUUUCUAAGUUUGAGAUGCUCUGUGAGGAGUUGCAGAGACAAGAACUCAGAGAGAAAGCCAAGAAAGAAAAGAAGAAGAAGAAAAAGAAGAGCAAGAAAAGUGAGGAGGGAAAGGAGAAUACGUGCCUUUGUGAGGAUGAGGAAGGAGGAGGAUGUCGGGAGUGUGAACUAAACAUGUCUUCAUCACCAUGCUCAAGCCAGCGUGCAACCCUCAUCAAUGCCACCAACAAACAGGUUAGCAGUGAAGUCUUCUGUCGAGGUGGAUCUCAUUUAGGGCCUCCUUUAAAUAGUUCCCAUUUAGGUACUCCUCUAGGUAAUGGUCAUUUGCCUCCUGAUCAGACUGGAGUUAUGGGAAGGUGCAGUAGCGAGUGGGGAAGUAUGGAGGCAAGUGAUAUAGGUAGUGAACGUGGAAGCAGCGAGGAGAAGGAAAGUUGUGAUUCUAGCCCUGAUCCUUACCACCAUCACCACCACCACCAGCUACACCAACUUGACCACCACCACAUUCAUCACCAUCGUCAGCACCACAAUUCUCCACACCCACUAGAGUGCACAGCUUCAACAGAUUCCCUUGUAUCCAGAUGCUCACAGGGAUCACGAGAUGGAGGCUACUGCUCUGCCCAGGGUUCAGGUGGCUCAUCGAGAGACUCCUCUGAAGUAGCAUGUGGUGAGGGUCUCUGUUCCCACCAUCACGAUGACCACAUAGAUGAAGCUCUCCACCCUGACCAUCACCACAGCCACUCUGAAGACCUUCCAGAUGAUGACCAAGGGGACCAUAUUCACCCUCCACUUUCGCCAUCACUCCCUCGACUACUUCAGCCUUUUACUUUGUCUCUGCAACAGAUGCUAGAUGACUCGAGGUGUGAAGAUGAAGAAAUUCCAGAGGCAGAGGUGCGAGCAUGGCGUGCACGUUUGGGAAUUGUAAAACAAAAAAGAGCCGAGCUGCGGCAAACCCUAAGGCAACGCUUUCAGCAGUUCUGCCAUCGUGGUUGUGCAGUCGAUUCUGGUUCUUCAGUCACUGGGCCAGGUCAUCUUUGUCAUCACCAUGUACAGUCUCCUCAUAAUAGCCUUCCUAUGCAUCAUCUCACUACCACCAUCAAACCUCAUUAAGUCAGGGGUAACUUUUUCAAAACAAAAUUGAUUUUUCUUGACAUUGAAGUCAUGAUGUUGUAAGUGGUAGGGGAAAGCUGAUGCCCUUCAUGCAAAUUUUUACAAGGUUUAUUUUCUAAGGCUCAACAGUUGAUUAUUGGUUUUAUUACUAAGAAAUUAUCAAUUCAAAGGCAGAAUGCAUAGAAUAAUUAAAGUAUAAAUAUUUAAUGCUAUGACAGUCAUAGUGUAUGCAUAUUGCUGCUUUAUCACCAUUUGCAGUUAAAGACAAGUAAUCAUAUAUCAUGUACUUAAAUUAACUAAUUAGUUUUUUUUUUUUUUUUUUUGAGUUUACUUAUCAGAAAUACUAAGCAAGUUAUUGUCUUGACAUCUUCCAGAGCAAUAGUGAGACUGCACCUCAGAUUAAAUUUUUAAUUUUGUGAACAAUUUGUGCUAAACUGCAAAAUAUCUUGAGUAAUCCCGUUAUUUUGAGCUUCAUUUAUAAUCACAUUAGCAUGAGGAUUGCGAAGUUGAUAAAAUAAUUACACAACUUAGCUUAUUCCUCCAGACAUACUAGUGUCUCGGGUUAUCACGAGACGAGCCAGAACACGAUUUCUCUGCUAGUUCAGUCUUACAAUGGAAGCUCUUUCUACAAUUGUGAAAAAUUUACUGUUAACCUACCAGUGAGAUAAUUCAUCAUGAAUUAUUUUUAAACAUUCCUCUCAUAGCACAUGUGCAUGGAAUUUUAGUGCAUUUUGUGGGGGCUAAUUUCAAAGCUGCUUAUUUUGUUCAGGAAAUAAUGAAUCAAAUGUGAUAAUCCAGAGGGACUAGUGGUGAAGGAAAUUAAUUUUAUUUGGUUGAAUGGUCUGAUAAAGAGCAACUCUUAUGUUGCCACUUUUGUUAUAAUGGCAGUACCGCUCUUGUAUCUUUGAUGGCUGCACCUAAUGUUCUGUACAAUAUGGUCAUCAAGGUAGCCUCUGAAACAAUUUUUUUUUAACAGCUGUAUUUCUAUUUUUUCGUAUUCCGUCAUGCCUUCAGUCAAUUGUUUAUAUCAUAGUGAUAAAAUUUUGAGGUUCAGUAUAUAUACAUAUUUGUUACCUCAAAAUAUGAAGUGAUUUAAAAACUAAUUUGUGAUUAUGAGCUUUAAAAAAAAAUGUUUAAAGGCUUGAAUUAAGCUCAUUAUAUAUUAUAUCACAUGAUACAUUAGAGGAACAUUGGCAGCUAUGGUUAUACAUAGCUGAUUACAUUGUAUGGUGAAGCAGUUAUACAUAGCUGAUGACCUAUUGUGGUGAAGCAGUUAUUCAUAGCUGAUGAAGUACAGUAAGAUUGACCUGCUCACAGCAGAGGGUAAGCAGGCAAUGACCAACAUACCCAGAUUUAUAUAAUGUAUAUAUAUGUCCCUCGGUUGGGAUUAAAACUAACACAUGGCUGUGUUAAAAAAAAUGGCAUGUGAGUUAUGGUGUUAGGUGGUAAAACUAACACAUGGCUGUGUUGAAAGACAUCCUCAUGAAUGGCAUGAGAGGUGUAGUGUUAGGUGUUGGGGAAAAAGAAAUCUGAAUAUCUAUAAUAAAAAAAAUGCUGUUU